UAUCCCUGGCGUGCGGCGUCGUCGGACCGAGUCACCCUCUCCGCGCGAGCUGCUCUUGUCCUCACUUCCCUCCCCGCGCGGUGCAGCCCGGCGGCAGCGGCGAUGCGCCUCAUCCAGAACAUGUGCACGAUCGCCGAGUACCCCGCCCCGGGCAGCGCCGCUGCCGACUACUGCCUGGGGGCUGCGGGCCGAAGGCUCGUCAAGAUCGCCGUGGUGGGGGCCAGCGGCGUGGGCAAAACCGCUUUGGUGGUCCGGUUCCUCACUAAACGGUUCAUCGGAGACUAUGAGCGAAAUGCAGGUAAUCUGUAUACCAGACAAGUCCAGAUAGAGGGAGAAACCUUGGCAAUUCAAGUCCAGGACACUCCAGGCGUCCAGGUGCAUGAAAAUGGCUUGAGCUGCAAUGAGCAGCUGAAUCGCUGCAUUCGCUGGGCAGAUGCCGUUGUCAUCGUUUUCUCCAUCACCGACCACAAGAGCUAUGAACUCAUUGGCCAGCUCCACCAGCAUGUCCAGAAGCUUCACCCCAGCACUCGGCUGCCUGUGGUAGUUGUGGCCAACAAAGCUGACCUGUUACACAUCAAGCAGGUAGACCCUCAGCUUGGACUGCAACUAGCCGGCAUGCUGGGUUGCUCUUUCUAUGAAGUAUCUGUCAGCGAAAACUACAACGAUGUCUACAAUGCCUUCCAUGUCCUUUGCAAAGAAGUGAGCCACAAACAGCAGCCCAGCAGCACACCUGAAAAACGCAGGACCUCCCUCAUUCCCAGACCCAAGUCACCCAACAUGCAGGACCUGAAAAGGAGAUUUAAGCAAGCUCUGUCUGCCAAAGUGAGGACUGUCACAUCUGUGUGAAGCACGACUCCUGGAGGGGGUUUGGUCUUCUGGGCAGAGGGCCUGAGGUUCUUAAGCAGGACCAUUACAGGCUGAUGGUAGUUCAUGGUUCCGGAAAAGGCUGCAGCAGAGGGGCCUAAGGGGGCUGUGGAUUCUGCAAAAACCAAGUGUUUGGAGCCUGAGAACAGAUGGACGGAUAUGUGACUUUUCUGCCUGGCCCUUUAAUGCGGGGAUGGGGCAUGUCUUUGUUUCUCACUGCCUUAUAAAUGGUGGUUAGUUUCACCGAAUACAUUGACGUGAAUUAGGGUGGGCAUGAAAGAACCGAGGAAGCAUUCACAGGCUUCCUCUUGCUUCUCCAUUUUUUGUUUUAUCUCCCAAGAGGAAGGUUUGCCUUUCUCUGUUUCUCCAACAUGCUAUCAGGAUGCCUUUCUGACUUGAAGGAUGCCCAGAUUUCUUUAAGAACAAGGAGGGACCCCAUAAAGGUCAAAUUCUAGGGCAAAAUAUUCUGUAUACAGUCUUGAGCUGUAGUCUACAAGAAGGUGCUGGAUCUCCUGAUGCAGGAUGGCUAUAAAUGUUGAGUAGCUGUGAAAAACUCAACUUUGGACUGCCCAACCGUGACAGUGUACAGUUGUUUGUUUGCUUUUUCUUUUUAACUGGCAUCAGGUAUAGAAAAAAGUGUUAAUUGAUGGUGGUGUGGUUUGUGUAAAUGACUAAUGGCAAUGACGUUGGGUUGUUUCCUGGGCCUGGCUGAGUUGUGGCUAUGGGUGGCUGAGAUGAUGAAAUGCUGUCUUAUAGAGUGACCAGAUGCAGGCCUAGCUGCCAAAUCCCCUACACAAAUGCACUUUAAGGAGCCAUUCAUGCUUUGGCUCAAACUGUAAUUAAUUUAUUUUAUGUACAAUAAAUUUCUCAUUUGAUAAGAGCA